CCAAAUUAUUAUAAUUUUAAUUUUAUUUUUGCCUUGACUUUGUCUCUUUCCUUUGUUUCGCAUAUGCUAAGAAGAAGGUCUGAACUGUGUUUCUUUGAGGAGCCAGCCAUUGUUGGUUCAAAGAAAGAGUCAAAAAUGGGGAAAAAAGAUAAGAAAUUGAGACACCAACCGAAGCAUUCUCGAAGACCAGCCUUUAACGAUGAUGAAGAAGACUAUAGCAAUAACACUAGUCUCCCUUCUAAGCUCAAUCUCUCAGACCAAGAAGAAGAAGAAGACAUUGAUAGUGAAGUUGAAGAAGAAGAAGACGAUGAAAAUGAUGAAUACCCAUCAACGGAAACUCCAUCAAAAUUCCUUCUUUACCAACAAUCUGUUCAGUCACCCAAAGGAGAUAUCAGUUAUUUGCAGAAGUUUUUUCUUAUGUAUGUGGGUGGGAGGUUACCUCUUCACUUCCAGGAAGAUUUUUGUGGUACUGCUCUUCUCAGUACAGAGUGGCUCCGAAGUGACUCGAGAAGGACUGCUGUAGGAUUGGAUUUCGACUUGGAAGCACUAACAUGGUGCAUGGAAAACAACAUAAACAAAAUCGGGGCUGAUGGGUACUCUAGAGUGUCCCUUUUCCAUGGAAAUGUAUUGAAUCCGAGUGAGGCCAAAUUAGUCGAGUUUGAGCCACAGGAGCAGAUGAGGAACGUUUCGUUGGAAGAGAAAAAUGAUGAAGUCGAAUCUACUGUUCCAGAGGGCUCUACUUCCUUGGCUGGUGGUGAUAAGUACAUGAGGAAUUUGACACUUCCCGAUAGGGACAUUGUUUGUGCGUUUAACUAUAGCUGUUGUUGUCUUCAUUCACGAGCUGAUUUGGUGCGGUAUUUCAAGCACGCUCUUGCUGUGUUGUCUAAGAAAGGCGGGAUUUUCGUGAUGGACUUGUACGGUGGUACUUCAUCGGAACAAAAGUUAAGACUUCAGAGGAGAUUUGCCAAUUUUACGUAUGUAUGGGAGCAAGCAGAAUUCGAUAUCCUCGAACGAAAAACAAGGAUUAGUCUCCAUUUUCAUUUCAAGAAUCAGCAGAAGAAACUACGCCACGCGUUCUCCUACAGUUGGAGGCUGUGGUCAUUGCCCGAGAUCAAAGACUGCUUAGACGAGGCUGGAUUUCGAUCGGUCCAUUUUUGGCUUAGGCAAAUGCCAAACACGGGAGAGAACAAAAGCAUGGUUGGAUUUGGCGCAGGCCGAGACAUAAAAUACGAGGAGAUGAAGCACUUCGAACAACAAGAUGCUUGGAAUGCAUACAUUGUAGGCGUUGCAUAGCCCUCGUUUAUCUUAAAUGGUCAGACAUGUGAUUUGCUUACACAAAACUCGAAGGUUUCGAGUCCCUUUUGGGGCACUUAGAUAAGUGUUUUAUCUUAAAUGGUCAAACAUGUGAUUUGCUCUCGCAAAACUUGAGGUUUUGAGUCCCUUUCGGGGCACUUGUAUAAGCGUUUUAGUUUUCUGAUCCUCAAAUAUUAAAGGGUUAGACAAAGAAUUUAGCUUAAACUUUUUCUAUAGUUUCCACUUACAAAACUUGUUCAUUUACAAUUUUAUUGUCCUUUUGAAUUA